AUGAAAGGCGCUAGAAGCUCGCGGUGUCAGCCAAGGCGGCACAUCCCCGCGGAGUCAGCCAAGGCGCCACAGCCCGCGGAGUCAGCCAAGGAGGCACAGCCCGCGGAGUCAGCCAAGGAGGCACAGCCCGCGGAGUCAGCCAAGGCGGCACAGCUCGCUGAGUCAGCCAAGACGGCACAGCCCGCUGAGUCAGCCAAGGCGGCACAGCUCGCUGAGUCAGCCAAGGAGGCACAGCUCGCGGAGUCAGCCAAGGCGGCACAGCCCGCGGAGUCAGCCAAGGCGGCACAGCCCGCUGAGUCAGCCAAGUCAGCCAAGGCGGCACAGCUCCGCUUAUUAGCGAAAAAAUCUAGCAAAAAGAACGCUGUCUAUAGGUUUGUUUUUGCUGCGGUGGCUCAAGGACCAAUCCCGGAAAACCUGAUUUCGUAA